AGCAUGUGUCGCUCCAGUCUUUUAAUUAUUCUGAACUGCAGAACGAUGGCCUCGGAGGAGCAGGUCUGGCCCGUCCCAAUGAAGGCAAUUGGAGCCCAAAAUCUCCUGACGAUGCCUGGAGGAGUGACCAAAGCAGGGUAUCUGCACAAGAAGGGAGGCACCCAGCUGCAGAUCUUGAAGUGGCCUUUGAGAUUUGUGAUUAUUCACGAGGGAUGUAUUUACUACUUUAAGAGCAGCACAUCUGCAUCUCCACAGGGUGCAUUUUCUUUAAAUGGUUAUAACAGGGUUAUGCGAGCAGCUGAAGAGACGACGUCAAGCAACGUGUUUCCUUUCAAGCUGGUUCACAUCAGCAAGAAGCAUCGGACGUGGUUCUUUUCUGCUUCUUCUGAAGAUGAAAGAAAGAACUGGAUGCUGUCCCUGAGGAGGGAAAUAGAUCACUACCAUGAGAAGAAAGAAACAGUAACAGAAUUCAGUGAUUCUGGUUCUGACGCAGACAGUUUCUAUGGCUCAGUAGAACGUCCCAUUGAUAUCAAGUAUUCUCACCACUCGGCAGAUAACGAAGAUUAUGACCAAGAGGAAGAGGAGGAAUCUUACUUGCAACCGGAUACUCCUGACCUAGGGAAAGAUGAUAUGCUGGUCCUGCCGCCGGCCUACCCGCCGCCGCCGGUUCCGCACGCGAGGAAAGCCGCCUUCGCCGAGGCCAGGACGCACUCGUUCCUGGGCAAACCCGCCGCGCCGCUGCCGCCGCCGCCGCCCAAGAGGAGCCUGCCCGAUAUCAAAGCAGAGGAUCUUUCCCACGUCCGGGAACACCAGAUCCACUGCCGUGCGGAGGCUAAUCUGAAGAGCCCGCAGCCAAACUGGAGAUUAAGCGAGCAGCCGCCUCCUGUACCCCCUCUACCUCUCUUCAAAAAGCCUGGCUGUAACAAGGAGUUGUGCUCGGCGCCCUCGGAGCCGCUCCCCCAAGUCCUCCCCACUCCAGAAGGAUGCGAGAAGCUCAAGAACUUAAACCUUUUGCCACGAACUCCUCCUCCGCUGCCCAGCAGCAAACCCAAGCUGCCCCAGUUGGCUGAGAAGCCAGCGGACAUCAGAGUGCCCAAAGAACACAGCAAACCCGGGCUCUUCGUCCCACCGGUGCUUCCCAAGCCCCCCGUGCCCGGCCACCAGCCCCCUGGGCCAGGAGUCAAGCCGAGACCGGAGAGGUCUUUAUGUCCCCAGUUACAGAGAUCGCCACCAGAUGGGCAGAGUUUCAGAAGCUUCUUGUUUGAAAAACCAGCACUACCUGCCAAGCCAAACAAACCUGCCGAUGAUUCGGACGAGGACUAUGAAAAGGUUGAGCUGCCUAAUUCAGUAUUUUUUAAUACUUCCGAAUCCUUUGAAGUUGAAAGGGCAUUCAAAGCUCACAGCCCAAGAGGACAACCACAAAAUGGACUAUACUGUAUUAGGAACUCAUCUACUAAGCCUGGAAAGGUUUUGGUUGUAUGGGAUGAAUCUGCAGAAAAAGUGAGAAACUACAGAAUCUUUGAAAAGGAUUGCAAGUUUUACCUGGAUGCAGAGAUCAUGUUUUUGAACAUGGGAAGUUUGGUUGAAUACUACAGCACUCACGUCUUGCCUAGUCACGAGAGCCUGAUUCUGCAGUGUCCCUAUGGUUACUCCAAGCCAAGAUGAGGUGCCUGGUGAACCUCAAUGACCCUGAGGAGAACCGGGCUCCCCACGUCUUGGAGCUGGAAGUGCUGUUGUACAGUACUCCAGGCUACCUGUUGUUUGCACACGCAGACUGGGUCUGUUCCAACCACUUGUUCCCACUUGGGUUGGAUAUAGACUUUGUUUAAUGAACUUGAGGUGAACUUUGCAAUCCAGAGCGGUGAAUUUUUAUGGCCCUUUCUUUUAAAAAACAUCUGAACUGAUAGUGCUGUGAAAGCUGUCCGUGAUACCCGCACCUUUGUUAAACUGCUGCUAUUACCAAUCUCCUCGGAUGGAUGGGAAUGAAGAAAUGGUAUGGAUACAACCUCUGCAGGAAAGGGGAACUUCUGAAAGAACAUUGGAGUUCACUUGUGACAGGGAAUACUAAUACUCUGACUUGAAGGCAUCGCUCCUUCAGCCAGAACUGGUGCUGAACUGAGAGGUUUGGUUUUAUUUUUAUUUUUUACUUGUAUUGUUGAUAUGUAAAUAAUGAGGACUUUUAUGCAAAUAAUUUGGUUUACGAUAGGUAAAGAUGAUCAAGAAAUGUGGCUUUUUUUUAAGCCAUCCCAUACAUAAAUGUAAGUGCUGAUUGCGGCCUCACGACACACGGAGCACUUGGGCACAGGGCACGUUCGUUGCCUUCCACGGGAGCCCCGUUCGCUCGCCCAGAGCUGGAUGGGUGGAUGCAACUAACAUUGUGACGGAUGUAAGGAAAAGGAGUGUGUGAGGUUAAUGGGAGGGAGCGGGGAAAAGUCAUGAACCUCCCCCCCCCGCCCCAAUUCUGACUAGCAGUUUUCUUUCACAUUGCUGUCAUAAAAACAUGAAAUACAUAAGAAGAAGAAAUCUAAAACCAAAACUUUUAUGUAGCACCAAAUGUGGUGCUACAGUCACUCUUGAAUGUAGCUCAGAAAACCUCCUGGUCAGUCUCUUGGAUCAGGUAGUCAUCACGCUCUGUUCUAGGGCAAAGCAUCUUGCACUAGUCUGUGCAUAUCUAAUAAUUCUUUCAUUAUUAAGGUUGCUACUCAGUUUGUAGUUGUGUGCAAAAUCAAAUCGGGUUUUAAGUACUAUCAGCACCAAGCGAACUGUGGUAUUAAUGAUAUGCAUCGAGGGUGCUUGCUUUGUUCCCAAAUAUUUUGGGGCCAGGUUUCCUAAAACAAAAAACUUAAUGAUUAUGUUGGAAUUACACUAGUCAUGAAUUUUCAUAAAGAGGAGAAAUUUAUUUUAAUGACCUUUUAAACAAUUUUUCUCAAUUUGAAAGUACUGUUAUAAUUUUAUCUCUAAUAAUGUUUACAAGACUUCUAAUGGUUUUGCUCUAAUUCCUAAAAGAGGAGUAGGGGUUGUCUAGUUUGAGAUUGAAUCCAUACCAUAGAUUUUUUUUGUCUUUUAAAAUUUCAUGUAAAGUUUAUAUCACUUUAAAUCUUGUUACAGUUAAACGGUCACAACUUCAACAGCCUGAACAAAGAAUACUAUUUUGAUUAUGGAAUCAAUGAAGUAGGGUUUCCAACGUAUGGGGAUUCUGCCAAGUAAGGGAUGUAAUGUUAGGGCCGUAUAUAGGGACACAAUUUCUUACCUUGUCUCAUCUCUUCUGUGAGAAG